ACCCGGAAGUGAAUGAGUUUGUUGACAUAUCUCGUGUUUCUCUACCGGCAGAAAUUGUCUCAGUGUGAGCUAACGUGUGUGGGCUUGUGCGCGGCUUAAUUUUAGCCCUGACGUAUUGUCUACUGUAGCAGUGAGGGAAGAACAGGCAGUCAUAGACAUGAAGUUCUGCUACAAAAGACUCUCUGAAUCAACGAUGAUGGAAUGAAGGUGCGAUGGCAAGAUGGCGAUCAACCCCAGGUCCGUGCGUUCCAUCGGGCUGUCGCUGAUCGUGUUUGGGGCGCUCAGCGUGAUCUUUGGUCUGGCCUCCGACCUGAGCUUCAGCGACGCCUACCUGCACCAGGCCUCCGGGCCCAUCUGGAGCGGAGUGUUUGUCCUCAUCACGGGUAUCCUGGCAGCCUCCAUCCACUAUGAGAAGGGGAACAGGUGCAUCAUGAUCGCCCUGACCACCCUGGGGACCCUGUCGGUCCUCCUGACCAUCGCCUCAUGGGUCAUGUCAUCUAUCGGCCUGAACGGGCGCGACACGUGCCCCGUCAGCAGCUGUCUGGCCGUCAAGGUGCUGCACGGCGUGUCCCUGGUGCUGUCUGUAGUGGAGACUGUGCUGUCGUUUGUGUGUGUGAUACUGGGAUGUGUGGGGAUAUGGUCACCACAGGUGAGGCUUUCGAAUUGCUAGAUUCAAAGCAUUUAC